GAGUGAGACGACCGACAAAUGAUGACUACAUCAACAUUCCAGUCAACUUAACUGAAAGCUUCACUCGUAUAAAUCAGGACUGUUGGAGUUGUCGCAGUGUGACACAAAAGGACACCAGCAGAGCUCGACUUCGAGACAUGGCCUCUACUUUGUUGUGUCCUGACGGCGCGAAGAUAAACUUCACCAGUGGCCCAACGAAUCAAACAGCCAAGAUGAGUUCUUUAAGUGUUUUCACCAUUUCCCUCCACGGCUUGUUCUCGUCCAUUGGCAUAAUAGAGAAUCUCCUCAUCAUCGGUGUGGUGGGCUUCCACGUCCGCCGCUCUGUCAUCAGCAUCUGGAUCCUGAACCUCGCGGCCUCUGACCUGCUGGCCACUGCUUCCCUGCCCUUCUUCACCCUAUACAUGGCCCGUGGCAGCACCUGGACGCUGGGCCCAACCUUCUGCCGCAUCCAUUCCUCCAUCUUCUUUCUCAACAUGUUUGUCAGUGGCUCUCUGUUGGCGGCCAUUUCUCUCGACCGCUGCCUGGUGGUGCUGAGGCCUGUGUGGGCACAGAACAGCAGGACCAUCCACCUGAUUGGGAAGGUAUGCGGAGUGAUCUGGGGCUUUGCUGGGAUCUGCACUAUCCCCUUCUACCUGUUCCGUGACACCAUUCCCCUUCCUAGUGGAAAGAUCUUGUGUUACUACAAUUAUGCUCGAUUCCUCCCUAGUGAUAUCAAGGACCGUACACCUAUAUGCAAGCAACGCAAGGAAGCCUUAGCCUUCUUCAAGCUCUUCGUGGCCUUCCUGAUCCCCCUGGCAAUCAUCAUCCUCAGCUAUACUUUUGUGAGCUCUGGAUUGGCUCGCAGAGGCUGCCGGCGGCCUUUCCGCUUUGUUCGGCUCGUAGUGGCCGUGGUGGUGAGCUUUGUACUCUGCUGGGCUCCAUACCACUUCUUCAUCAUCGUGGAGAUGUUGGCCACCAAUGGGAGUCCUGCGCAGAUAUUAGCAAGCAAAGCCCUCCCGAUUUCAGCAACCAUCGGCUUCCUUAACAGUGUUCUUAACCCCAUUCUGUAUGUAUUCAGCUGCCCUGACCUGUGCAGUAAAAUCAGACACUCUCUCGGUGCGGUGAUGGAGAGCGUUCUGGCUGAGGAUCUGGCAGAGCUGGCCCGACGCCGCAGCACCGCUCGCAGCUCUAUCAGCACCAGUGAGGCUGUGUUGAAGCCGAGGAAUUCUCUUCCAGUCUUGUACGUAAAAGACGAGGAUCAGACGCAGGUUGAAAGUGUUGUUGAUGUUGCUCAGAACUGAAAGAAAAUGUACUGUAAAUGAAUGUACCCAGGCUUUUAUUUUUACUUCAUCAGCACAAAAGUCAUUAUUUGGCCUUCAGUUGUAAUAUUGUUCCUUCAUGGGUAGUCCAGGUCUUCUGUUUGCCAGAUUUGAGCCAUAAGCAGGCCACACCAUGGCCACAUGGUCCCAUAAUUCCCUGCAGUAUGUGAGAUGGAUGUGCAUGGGGGGCUCCAGUUUGAAUUUUCAUUUUUUGCAACGCAGGCUUACCCGUUUACAAACUGCUUUAUAAACUGAGUACAACGCUGUACAACAAAAGUAAUUUCGAACUCAACAGUCUGCUGCUGAGAAACGCAGUCUUCAUUCCUCUCUUGAUGCGUCCACUUUGCUGCUUCCAAUUUACGAGGCAGGGUCCACUGGCAAGCUUGAUUUGGCGCAAUGCAUUCCAUUCCUGGCAAGCUUUUAAUUUGUAUCAUAGGCAGGAAGUGCUAGAUUUCACUCCUAGAAUCUACAAUGCUUUCGAAAGACAGCUGAUUAGAAUCCUACGGACUUUGUCCUUUUACUCAUCGAAUUAGCUGUGUGGCAAUGUACACAAAGCUAUUUAUCAUAUGAUCUUUAAAACUGAAGGUCAUUCCAUCCCUCCUCAAUAUUUUCUACCUGGUCUUUUCAAGAUUUUGUUUGUUUUUGUUGGCCACGCCCACAGCUGUAAUGACCAUUAGUGAAUCCUGGCGCCUAUUUCGGAAUUUAUGGUAUUUGCCAAGUGUGUUAUCUAACCAAUAUCACUGUAGCAUAAGCUGUUUUAUUUGUUAUGUCUUAAAAAAAAGAAAAACUAUGAAUGAAUGCACUGUACAUUACUGCUUCUUUUUAGUUCAUUGCUUUGUAAAAGGAGUUAGAAUAGAGAUGCUGGCAAGCUUUAGGAACCGUCACAAGUAAAUAUAUAAAGGUGCAGUAUUGUAUGCUGCUGCUGUUUUUUUAAUGUUUUUGCCCAGUGUAAUUAUAACAGAGUUUGUGUAUCUGCUUCAUUGUCCAUGUAAUUUCUAUACUUGUUGAUACUGUGAUAUUUCUAAUAAAGAAAAAGAAAAGCAAUCUGGUGU